UCUCGCUGUGCAGGCCCAUCCCAUGGGCGAGCGGAAGGAUGGAGGAUGAUGACCUCUGACACCGGAAGCAGGGUCAAAAAAGGCCAUUCCAAGAGAAAUACCAACCGGGAUUCUUUUUUCUCAUUUGCCUUUGUGAAAACGGGUAGGGAAGAAGAAAAAUCGCUGAGCAUCCGAAGAAGAAUCAACCUCAUUUACUACCAUUUCUCCAUACAGCUUCCUUCCUCUAUAUUACGCCAUGGCCCGUGGCGAGAGUUGAAAACGUCCAGAUCUCUCAGUCCCGAGGUCCAACGAGCUAAGCUGGAGAUCCCGUAACAAUCCCACCCUCCUCUAUAAUAAGAAUUACCACGCCUGGCGCAAGCUGGACCUGCAUGACCCUUCCCAGAUCUCACCUGAUUC